UCCAGCAGGGGGCGCAGCGGAUCAGGAAGUGAGAUCCUCUGUUGACUUUCAGACGUUCAUUAUUCAGGCUUCAAACCUAAUAAUGGCUCACAACAGCCAAAAAGGUUUCUCUGACAGCAGCGUUCACGUGGAUGUUAAGGAUUAUUAUGGAAAGAGGCUCCAGAAGACAUCGGACCUGAAGACCGGUGCCUGUGUAGCUCCAGCCCACCCUCCUCCGACCUUUGUUCGGGAAGCCCUGAAGAAAGUUCACUCUGAAGUCACUGCCAAGUACUAUGGGUGUGGUCUGGUGGUGCCAGAGUGCUUGGAGGGCUGCAGGAUACUGGACCUGGGCUGUGGAAGUGGAAGGGACUGCUACAUGUUGAGUUUGCUAGUUGGGGAGAAAGGCCAUGUCACUGGCAUCGACAUGACUGAGGCCCAGCUAGAAGUGGCCAGAAAACACACCGAUUAUCACAUGAAGGAGUUCAGCUACAAGAAGCCAAAUGUCAGUUUUGUCCAGGGCUACAUCGAGGCCUUAACUGAGGCGGGUCUGGAAAAAAACGCGUUUGAUAUCAUCAUAUCGAACUGCGUGGUGAACCUUUCCCCAGACAAGAAGCAGGUGCUGGCUGAGGCAUACAGUGUACUCAAGGAUGGGGGUGAGCUGUACUUCAGUGACAUCUAUUCUAACGGACGACUGACAGAGGAGAUUAAAAAUCACAAAGUGUUGUGGGGUGAAUGUCUGGGUGGAGCCCUGUGGUGGAAGGAUCUGCUGCAGCUGGCUGAGGAAGUGGGCUUCAGUCAGCCGCGGCUGGUUACGGCCAGCAUCCCUACGGUUGACGAUAAAGAACUGCAGGACAUCCUGGGUGACUUCAAGUUUGUUUCUGCCACAUAUCGUCUGUUCAAAGUCCCUAAAGGCAACAACAGGACCUGCCAGGUCAUGUAUAAUGGAGGCAUUACUGGGGCAGAGGAUGUCUUCCACUUUGACUGUCAGUACACCUUUAAGACCAAUCAGGUGGUAGAGGUGGAUGGAGAAGCAGCUUGCAUCCUGACACAUUCCAGAUUUGCAGAAGACUUCACUUUCCAGCCACCGGGGGGCUCCUGUAAGCCUUGUGACAAAUCUAAGGCUGACAUUGUGGAUCCCUUUGAACUGGCCUUACGGUUGACCAGCAAAGGCCUCAGCCCAGCCACAGGGGGAUGCUGCAGCGCAAAAUCUGCUGACUGCUGCAAAUGAUCACAGGAAGAGCACUGAGAAAUGCAGCAGCAUGCUGUCUCAGAAUAUGUUCAGUUUAGAUGCUAUUUGAUUGUAUUGUUUUUAAUCAUUUUCCAGAUCAUGAGUUUUAUUUGUGCCCGCUAAAAUGAGUAACUGGUAUACAUUUCAAACUGUGCCUAUUCUAAAUGUGCCUUUACAAUGUUUUCAGUGACAGAAGAAAGAUGGCAAUUGAAAAGAAAAUCUCACAUAAUUUCUGGCUUUUGUGAUUUUCCCGAAUUUACUUAGAAAAGUAGCUCAAAGGUUAUGAGAUUUUAAAAAAAUGAUUGUGUAUUUGUAUUCAUCCACCCCCCCCCCCCUCUUUACUAUGUUGCCACCAAAUAAUAUCCAGUACUUCAGAGGUCACCUAACCAGUCAAAAUUACCAGCCUGUGAUUGCAUAUCAAUACAUGUCCAGCUGUUCUGUGGAGGCCUCAGAGGUUUGUUAGAAGACAUCAGAGAACAAACAUCAUGAAGACCAAGGAGCACAGCAGACAAUUGAAAGAAGAGCUAGAUUAUAAAAUAAUAUCCCAAGCUUUGAAGAUAUCACAGAGCUCUGUUCAAUCCAUCAUGUGCAAAUAUUUCACAUGGCAAAACCACAGACCUACCUAGACACUGUCCACCUGAGCUGACAGGGGAGAAGAGGAGAGCAUUAUUCAGAGAAGCAGCCAAGAGGCCCAUAGUACCUUACGGAGGAGCUGCAGACACCCACAGCUCAGGUGGGAGAAGGUAUUAGACGGACAACUCUUAGUUGUGCACUCUACACAUCUUGACAGUUGGUAUGAGAUGUUUGUAUUGUUCCACACAUUUCCUCUUUGGUUUCCUCUAUUUUGUGUGGAACCUGACGUGUCACUUGAUGUUUUAAGUCAUGAUACAAACAACUAAAAUUAAACAAGGUGGAGUUUGCUUCUA